UGGCGGCCCCCGCCCGGCGCUGGGGCUGCAGUUGCGAGGAGCGGUGGCAGCAUGCGGACGGGAGCUGGGGAGGCGGUGGGCGUCCUCUGCCUGGUCUCUCUGGUGUUCGCGCUGGACUACAAGUACCACCACAGCGAGGAGCUGGAGGCGUACCUGAAGGAGGUGCACGCCGCCCACCCGGAUCUCACCCACCUGCACAGCAUCGGCCGCUCGGUGGAAGGUAGAGACCUGUGGGUUCUUGUUCUGGGAAGGUUUCCAACCCAACAUAAGAUUGGCAUUCCAGAAUUCAAGUAUGUUGCUAAUAUGCAUGGGGAUGAGACUGUAGGGAGAGAAAUCUUACUCCAUUUGAUAGAGCACCUGGUGACCAGCUAUGGACGUGACCCGGCUAUUACCCGGCUACUCAAUAAUACCCGGAUUCACAUCAUGCCAACGAUGAACCCCGAUGGCUUUGAAGCUACAGUGGUGCCCGAUUGUUAUUACUCACGAGGAAGGUACAAUAAGAAUGGAGAAGAUCUGAACAGAAAUUUUCCCGAUGCCUUUGAAAAUAACAACAAUAUCAUUCAGCCAGAGACUCAAGCAGUGAUAAACUGGAUAAAAAAUGAAACAUUUGUUCUUUCAGCAAACCUGCAUGGGGGUGCCCUGGUUGCCAGUUAUACAUUCGAUAAUGGCAACUCAGUUACUGGCACAUCAAAUGGUUACAGCAGGUCUCCAGAUGAUGAUGUUUUUGUUCACCUGGCAAAAACCUAUUCUUUCAACCAUGCCAGCAUGUACAAAGGGACUGGGUGUGACAGCAGACAGACCUUCCCAGAUGGCAUUACCAAUGGGUACUCCUGGUACCAGCUGGAAGGUGGAAUGCAAGAUUACAACUACGUCUGGGGACAGUGUUUUGAAAUCACACUGGAGCUGUCAUGCUGUAAAUAUCCUCCAGCAGAGCAGCUGGAGAAAUUCUGGAGAGACAACAAAGUUGCUCUGGUUGAAUAUAUAAAGCAAGUACACCUAGGAGUCAAAGGUCAGGUUACUGAUAAAAAUGGGAAUCCUAUUCCCAACGCAAUCGUGGAAGCCAAAGGGAGGCCUCACAUCUGCCCCUACAGGACAAACGAGCACGGCGAGUACUUUCUUCUCCUUUUGCCUGGGAAGUACGUGAUCAACGCUACGGUACCAGGGUUUAAAUCGAUGCUGAAGACAGUGGACAUACCUGACAACACCGCUAACUUCAGCGCUCUGAAACAAGACUUCUCAUUCCCAGAGGUCUCUGUCAAACCGAGACCUGCUUCGUGCCCCAGAGCCCCUCUGUACCAGGAGCUCGAACGCUCGUCAGCUGCAGUGAAACCAACUCUACAUAUCUUGGUUUUAGUGAUGGUUGCAAUUUCCAUUUUCAAAUGAAGUCGGGAAUUACGUGACGUGGCAAAAGCCUCCUGCACAAAUAUGGCUUCUGAAACAAAGAUUGUGUGCAAGAGAAUGUUUCUGUAAAGCUGAGAAUUUGGUUUAUAAUCACGUUUAUUGCAUUUUGUAAAAUACUGCCUUGACAAUCAAAUGUUAUACUUUAAUUAGACUGUCCCUUUUCUACAAUGAUACUUCAAAGAAAUACUGUACAGCCUAUGGAGAUCAUAGCUGUGGAUGUUUGCUGCAGUGUUACAGACACACUUUAAAGAACUUGCCAGAGGUUCAAAAACAGUUUGGGAUUGUGCUGCAAAUGUUUCCCAGUGGUGCUCUGUUGGACCAGCAGUUUGUGUGCCCACACACGUGUAAGCAAUUAGAUCCAUCCUAAUUUCUCAUAAUAAAGCCACUUCUAUAAAUGAAGAAUGACACUUUUAA